AUGUCAAAAAUCCAGGUUGACUGUGAGCUGAUGCUCCAGCCUUUCCCUGAAAGGUCACUCACUGAUGCUGAGAGUUUUCAUGUACUACAGGAUGCUCAGGCGAGACCUGUUAUCCUCUCCAUUGCUUCGAAUAGGUCGCUGCUCAUGGUAGCCCCAGACGAACUUGGACAGAAUCAACUUAUCAAUUUGUCUGAAAGACUGAGUUUACCAUCAAAUGUCAGGUCGCUGGCAGUCACACAGGAUCACGCAGAUAACAGCAGGAUUUAUCUUGUUGUCGCUACCGGAGCAGAGAGUCAUCAAGCCAGUCGUCUUCACGUUCUGAAGCCGUUUCGAAUUGAGAAUGGGCGCUGGUGGGAAGAACGUGACUGGCCGUCAUUAAUUUUGAAGCCGAUCAAUGACGGGAAGUUUGAGGUACACAAAUUGUUGCUCGCAGGCCGUUGUGACGAAGGAAAAGACUUUCCCUUCCUGGCGGCCGAGACAUCUGUUCCCGGAGUACCCAAGCACAAUGUUUCACUCCUCGAUAUCAACACAACAGAGGAUCAAUGGCAGUGGGAGUCGGGCUCAGUACUGCCGUUCGACGUUUCAGAUAUUGAUUGCCUCUGUGUAGCGUCCAGUGUUUCUACUUCGGGAAUUCUAUUUUUGGAUAAAACACAAGGCCAGCCGACUGUUACCUUUGCUGAACUACGCACAACCGGCCCUGCCUUCUUCUGCAACUUGCCAAUCCUGCCAAACCCCACGUCCAUAGCAACUAUCACGGAUCCGGAUGGUGCUAGCAAUGUUCUCAUCACAGGCGAUGGAGGUAUUUUACACGUACCGGCACAAGACUGGACCACCUCGUUUCCAUAUGGUACUAUAUGGGAACCAACGUUGCGCGAUGCAGCCUUCCAGGGUGCGCACGAGGUUCACGUGGCCCAAGAUGGUCUCUCAUCUACAGUCUGGGCCAUUAACGGCGACGGAAAUGUUGUUGGCCAGAACACGAGACUAGCGCCGAGGGUUUCUGAUGAAGGAGUGUUGGAUCUCAAGGCGACUGGCAAAGCGGUUCCUUUAUUUCCAACGAAUGAUGCUGUACGUCACUUCGAAGCCAUCAUCGACGCGAAAACAAAAAGACGGCAGCUUUUCGUGUUGAAAGCUGGAGGCUCGGUGACUUGGUUUGACCAACCUGGUGAUUCGGACCUUUGGGCUACUUCAGAUUUACGGAUCCCAGACAUCGAAGAGAUAAAAGAUGUGACUGCAUACACAUGCCAGAUCCGGUGUUUUGAUGAGCAUGGCGCUCCUUUGGCAAAUACUGAGCUCAGAGUCUCGGCUUCGAGCCAAGUACGGAGUGCCAUCCAUGGCGAAGUGGUAUAUCUUAGCCAAGUCUCGAGACCGGUUCAAACUGAUGAAACAGGAAGCAUGACGAUUAUUGUCCCUUCAAGUGAUCUAGUUGUUCCUACAUUGACAAUCAAGGGGGACGGGUUGCCUGAGACAUCUUUUAGGCCUGCUGACAAGGUCAUUAAGAAACUUUCAGCCCUCGCCCAGAGUGGUAAACUCAAAGAUGCACGCAACAAAGACGGGUCGGCCCUUUUCCCAAAGCUCAAUGACGAUGCUGUGAAGUCAAUCAGUCAGCUUCAUACUUCCGACAGUCAACAACAACCACAAAAUCACCAAAACACCUGGUCCAAUGCCGAAACAUUCGAUCUUAUCACAGCACAGCAUGGGGAUAGCUGGGCUUCUGGUGACUGGGUAUUUCUACAAGGGCUAAUUUCUGGUGUUGAAAAAGUCGUUGACUUUGUCUGCGAAGCUGGCAGGUUCAUUGUCAAUACUGCCAAGAAAGCCUGGACCUUCGUCGUCAAAACCGCCGAGCAAGCACUCAAGGCUAUUUCCAGCGUGUUCGAGUGGAUCGGUGCGAAGAUCGAGGAUGCUCUUGUGUGGCUGGCGGAGCAGCUGGAUUGGGAAAGCAUCAUGGAUGUUCAACUGUUCAUCAAGUCUCUGGUUCUGACGGGCUUGAACUGCGUCGAAGACACGGUAACCAUGGGUCGAGAACACCUGGAUCAUUUGUUAGAGCGGGCUGAAAAAGAGGUUGGGAGCUGGCACUCUCCUCCACAACUUCCCGCAUCAUUGGCGAACCAAACAUUAAACGCAGAUCCGGAUAAAGAUAAAGACAAGACCGACGUGAUGGAUAGUCCGUUGUGCAGAUGGGCAGACUCCAAGCUACAGGAUAAGCAGGUCCGUAAAUCGAUGGAUGUCGAGGGUUCUCAAGCAGGGCAAUCGUCACCCUCCAACAUAUUCGACAUGUUCUUCGAAAAAGUCUUGAAAGGGUUAUGGGAUAUACUUGGCGACACUGCGUCGCACAUUUGGGAAGACCUCAAGUGUCUUCUGGACAGCGGAUCAUCUGUAACCAUGGCCGACAUAUUCAAGAGCAUUGGCGUCGACUUGCUCCUCGGAAUCAUCCAGGUCUUGCGCAAAAGCACAAGCUUCAUCUUCGACCUCAUUACCCAAAUACUUUCACUAUUCCGCUCCUUCCUCAACGAAAAGAUGGAUAUUUGGGUCCUGACCAAGGUUUACAAGAGAGUGAGCGGCGGUGAUGACCUGACUAUACUCAACCUGGCAAGUCUUGUUUUUGCCGUUCCAGCAACUUAUCUAUUCAAGCUGUUCAGCCUUGGAAAGAAACCCCGAGACGCUCCUGCGUCUGCGAAGAUUCUUUCCGAGCUGAAGUCCUCGAAGAGUCUUGAGUCCCUAACUCUGAACACACAGUGGGAUGCUUUAAGCCCAGUUUCACGAGACCCGCGUGGUCUAGAAUCUGCUCAGCUUCUGUCAGGACUGGACCACAAAUCUAGUAUGACUUGGGGAGGCGAACAUGCCGCUACUACAAUCAAGCGAAAGUUUGGCGAGAACCCUAGCCUCAAUACUUUUAUACGAAUCUGUCGUGGUGGUAUGGUGAUAGCCUCUUGUGCAAUGCCAUUCUGGACAAUUUUUGAUACCAUCACAACUUCAAAGUCCUGGUCAACAGCGGUCGACAAAGAAGGUCUACCCGAAGGAAAACUACGGUCACUUUAUGAGAAAUUCUCACCGACAGUGGGCCUCGUUGCUUGGGUUGUGACGCUUGGGACUUCGGCCGUGGCUGUAAUUCAAAAAACCAAUACCAAACGCAAUACAGACGCACUUGUCCUACGAUGGUGUCUCUGGGUAGGGAAGAACGGGCUGAACUUUGCCAAAGCAUGCUCGCCCAAGCCCAAGAAGCCACCGCUGGAGACGGGCCAAGAAGAGACUGAUUCUGCUCUAGAAGCGAUUCAAAGGUUCCUGGAAGACGGUUGGGCUUUGGGAAGUUAUCUCAACUGCGUCAGUAGGGGAUUGAAUCCAUAUCAACGGGUUCCCACCCUUGUGGCGGGAGGGGUAAUGGCUGCUGGUAACACUGUUGCCGCUGCGGUUCAUGUGGCGUACUAUAUGGACCACAAAGAGGAUGAUGAGUACCAUGCACCAUCAUGGUCUAACUCACUAUCAGGUUCUUUAUGGUAG